AUGUCUGUCGAAACUAUUACUACCAUUUCUCCCAUCACCAACAAACCCGUCUUAACCAGGAAUGGUAUCUCUGCGGCAGAUCUGCGACAGUUGCCCAUUACUGCCACGGAAGCAUUCUUGAAGUUUAAGAAGACUUCUUUGAAAGAACGACAAGAUAUUGUAAAGAAGGCUCUCAAACUAUUGAAUGACAAGCAAGAUGAAUUGGCAAAGGAGUUAACAGAACAGAUGGGCCGACCGAUUGCCUAUACUGCGAAAGAAGUUACCACAGCCGUGAAGAGGGGUGAAUACCUUGUAAAGAUUAGUGAGGAUGCAUUAAAGGACACAGAUGGAGAGGCAGAGAAAGGAUUCAAGAGAUUCAUUAGAAAGGUGCCUGUUGGGCCAUGUCUCAUUCUUUUCGCAUGGAAUUACCCUUAUCUUAUUCUCGUGAACUCCCUGAUACCUGCUCUUCUCGCUGGUAACUCGGUCAUCUUAAAGCCAUCUCCGCAGACGCCCACUAUCGUUGAACAUAUGGCAUCUAUCUUUUCUGAAGCCGGCCUUCCAGAUAACGUCAUCCAAUACUUCCACUGCGGCUCGCCCCUUAUUAUCGAAUCUAUUGUUAGAGACCCGAAAGUCUCUCUCGUGUGCUUCACUGGCUCUGUAGCUGGUGGACUGGCUACCGCGAAGGCUGCGUCAGACAGAAUUGUGAAUGUUGGACUCGAGCUUGGUGGUAAGGAUCCCGCAUACGUAAGAGGAGAUGUCGAUGUAGCGUGGGCAGCCGAGGAAAUCGUCGAUGGAGCCGUUUUCAACUCGGGUCAAAGUUGUUGCAGUCUGGAAAGAGUCUAUGUCGAUGAGAAGAUCCAUGAUAAAUUUAUUGAGGCGUUGCAGAACGUCUUGAAGAACUAUAGAUUGGGUGAUCCUUUCAAUAAGGAGACGGCAAUUGUCUCAAAAAGGUCAAAGGAAACGAUCGAGGCACACAUUAAGGAUGCUCUAAACAAAGGUGCCAAGGAUCUCACUCCCAAGAAUGAGACUUUUGAGGCUCCUCCGCCAGAAGGCAACUACGUUAAGCCAACAUUGCUUGGUAAUGUUGAUCAUAGCAUGACUGUAAUGACCGAGGAGACUUUUGGUCCUGUCAUCCCCGUGAUGAAAGUAAAGAGUGAUGAAGAAGCCAUAAAACUCAUGAAUGACAGUGAGUUUGGGUUGACAGCCUCAAUAUGGACGAAAGACACGGCAAAAGCAGCCGAAUUAGCUGAAGAUGUCGAGGCUGGAACAGUCUUUGUGAAUAGAUGUGAUUACCCAAGCCCCGACCUUGCAUGGACUGGAUGGAAAAAUUCCGGAAGGGGCGUCACUUUGAGUAAAUUUGGCUUCGAACAAUUCGUCAAGCUGAAGAGCUACCACUUGAAGGAUUAUCCUAAAUGA